UGGUGCUAAGUUUCAUUACUGUCCUGAUGUGGUUGUAUUUUCAGAGCAUGGAUAGACCGUCUAAGAGGUGUUUACCCAGAAAUAAUUUAAAAACAUAUUUUAUUUAAUAUUCAUUCAGAGUGUGUUUGAAAGUAUAAUAUACGUUUUUUUUAUCCACACAAUGAAACAACAACUUAAGAAUUCACGCUUAAACAAUGUUAGAAUACAUUGGGUACCAAAAGCUUCUAUUGUGUGGCUAAACAAAUUAAUACAUACAAUAAAUAAUUAAAUAUCAUUAUGCAGCAUCAGAGUGGGCGGUAGAUGGCAUGGCUAAUUUGAUCUAGACACUGUAUAAAUGAAAGGACAGUAAGGAGAGCAGAAAAAAACCCUAACAGGAGGAGACUCAAUCAUGGCCUAUGAGACAGAGGAUCAUGAGACUCAAUACUGCUUUCCUGCCAUCAACUCAUCAUGUAUCAAGGGAAAACGCUCCAGGCAUGAAUACAAUAUCAUGUAUGUGUUUUUUUCAUUGCUGUCAGCAUGGACUGUGUUUCUGAAUCUGCUGGUGAUCAUCUCCAUCUCUCACUUCAAGAAGCUUCACACUCCAACCAACCUGAUCAUUCUCUCUCUGGCUGUGGCCGACAUGUUUGUUGGACUUAUUGUGAUACCCAUACAGGCCAUCAAACUGAUUGAGACAUGCUGGUACUUUGGAGACACUUUCUGUGGGCUGUUUUUGGCAAUAACAGGGCUGCUCCUCUCAGCGUCUCUAAAUAAUUUAAUUUUAAUUGCUGUUGAUCGUUAUGUGGCUGUGUGUCACCCUUUACUGUACCAACAAAAAAUUACUACAACUAAAACUCUAGUUAUCAUAUGUAUCUGCUGGUUGUGGUCUUCAGCAUACAAUAUAUCCUUCAUAACAGAUAACAGGUAUUUUGAUACAUCAAGCAGAACAUAUGGGUGUUAUGGAAAGUGUCCCUUUAUGGUUAAAUUUGCCUGGAGUAUAACUGAUCUGUUCUUGUCCUUCCUUUUUCCUUGUACUGUGAUUAUAAUUUUAUAUAUGAAGAUAUUUUAUGUUGCUCAUCAGCAAGUGAAAGUUAUAAACUCUCUGAUGAAGAGUGGUAAAUGUGUAACGGAGGGUUCAGUGAUGAGGAAAUCUGAAAGUAAAGCUGCUCUGACAUUAGGAAUCAUUGUGACAGUUUAUCUGUUUUGCUAUAUUCCAUACUAUAUCUUGUCUCUAACAGUGAAUACAAUAAUCUCUUUCAAAAUAGUAACACUGUUAUUAUGGACUUUUUAUAUUAACUCAGGUCUGAAUCCUCUUAUCUAUGCUUUAUUUUACCGCUGGUUUAAAGUUUCAGUUAAACACAUCUUAACUUGUAAAAUAUUUCAGACAGCAUCCUCUUUGGUGGACAUUUUAACAGAUUAUCAUACAUGAUUGGUGUAUGAUAAUGCACAAUAAAAUAUAUUUAAAAAAGGUAUUAUUGCAUACUAUUUUGAGUGUGCUUUUUUUUUUUUUUUCAUAUGUAAUACAUUUCAGUUGAACAUGUUUUAGCCAUAUUUUAAUGAGAAAAAAUUAAUUCCUUAGAGAUUC